AAAAUUUUAAUUUUUAAAUUUUUUUAAUCAAAUUUUCUCCCGUUCAUCACGACAAUAAAGACGCACCCGGGGGGGCGAAUUUGGGGUAAGAAAUGGAAUUUUUUCCUGCGGUUUUUUUUGGGUUUCCCCUCAGAGCCGCGGCGGGGGCUUUGUUCAGGGUGAAGGUCCCGGCGCGGCGCGGGCAGAGGUCGCUGUUGCUCCGCGGAGCCGCUCCCGGGGGGACACCUUGACCCCCGUGACGUCCGCGCCGUCUGAAUCACCAAGGCCAUUUUCACUCCUCAUUGGCCUGGGCGUCACGUGGGGAGCGGGGGGCGAAGGACGGCAAAAAAGGGAAAAAAAAAUAAAAAAGAGACAGAGAGAGAGAGAAAAAGGGGGGAAAAAUUAAAAAAAAAAACCCCGGCGGAGGGCGGGGGGUGAAAGCGGCGCGCGGGCAAUUACGGCGCUGCGGGUUUUUAAUUUUUCUCUCUCUCUCUCUGUGUCUCGUCCUUCCCCCCUCGCUCAGAAGAUGUAGGAGAUGUCAGCCCCGGGCCGGGCCGUCCCGCCCGCCGCGGGCUCCUUCCCGAUGGAGCCCGCGCUGUUCCCGCAGCCCGCGGAACUCGCGGCCCUGCGGAGCUGCGGGGCCGUGCCGGGCCUGGCCAAGCGCGACCCGGCCGGGCCGGGCUCCUUCCAGCCCUACCUGGCCCCGCUGGACGCCUGGGCCGAGCCUAAGGGCGCCUUUAGGCUGGACCAACCUGUUGCGGGCCGGCCGAGCUGCGCGUUCCCGGUGAAGGAGGAGAGCGGCUGCUGCAUGUUCGGUACCGGGGAGCGCCCCGGGGGCUCCCCCGAGCGCGCCCCGUUCCCGCCGCCGCCCUGCCCGGGGCCCCCCGAGCCCCCCGGGCCCGGCUUCUUCCGCUACCCCGCCCUGGAGCGGAGCCCCGAGCCCGCUGAGUUCCCCUUCCCCGGCAGCGCCGAGCCCCAAUUCCGGGCGAAUUUCCCCCAAAACGGCGGCGCGGAGCAGCAGCGGCAGCAGGAGCUGCAGGAGCUGCAGCAGCAGCGGCAGCAGGAGCUGCAGGAGCUGCAGGAGCUGCAGGAGCUGCAGGAGCUGCAGCAGCCGGCGGAGGAGGGGGAGAUCAAGACGGAAAAAAGCAAAGCCGAGGCGGAGAAGGAGCGCGGGAAAAGCGCGGACGCGGGCAGCACCGACAACUCCGACAGCGAGGCCAAAGCGGAGGCGGCGCGGGGCGCGGGCGGGACGUGGCUGACGGCGCGCAGCGGGCGCAAGAAGCGCUGUCCCUACACCAAGCACCAGACGCUGGAGCUGGAGAAGGAGUUCCUGUUCAACAUGUACCUGACCCGCGAGCGCCGCCUCGAGAUCAGCCGCAGCAUCGCCCUCAGCGACCGCCAGGUCAAGAUCUGGUUCCAGAACCGCCGCAUGAAGCUCAAGAAGAUGAACCGCGAGAGCCGCGGCCGCGCCCUCAGCGCCGGCUUCGGCUUCAGCUGAGCGCGGGCGGAACCUCCGCUCCCCCCCGGGACCGCCCCGCUGUCCCCACCUAGGAUUUUGAUUUUUUUGGGGUUUUUUUUCUCUUUUUAAUUGGGAUUUUUGUUGUUGUUUUAGUUGUUUUUAUUUUUAUUAUUUAGUUUUAGUCUUAGUUUGACUGUUUUAAUUUUUCCUUUAAUUUUUUUCUUUAAUUU